CGAUCAGUUGCUGACUUUGCGCGGCAGCGAACGGUUUGGCGAAGCUUUGCAAGAACGGCACGCGACGCAUGCGCUUUAAAGCUCAAAGACAUUAUUUCGCUAUUUUUCGUUCGGUUUUCUAUCUGUCUAUGCGUGCGACGUCUCUGUGUGUAAUUUGUUACCGGAAAUUGAGUCGCAACCAACACGUUGCACAACGUAUCACGUCUCGCUAAGCCAGGAGUUCGCGUUCCAGGGAUGACGAUCUAUCGAGGAUCUUUCCAGUAGGCCCCAACUACACGGAACUUCUGAGCUGCUUAACUUCACGGAGGUAGAAAUCCAACGGACUUCAGCUGCACCUGGAACCUUCUGGAGGUUUUGAAAGUUUUGGGCACUCCUGAACUGUUCGGAGCUCUGUGAAAGUGCUGAGCCGACAAGUCUUGUUAACUCUGGAGUUGAGAACAUCUGAAAAGUUCUCACUUCUUCUGAUCUCUCCUUGGAUGUACUGAAUACUCCGGAAUAAGCUGGAAGUCUUUCAGGUUUCUUUUUAACCCGCGCUCAUAACAGAAGUCCUGAAUCGCUCCGGACGUCCUAAGCACUCCGGUACUCUGUGGAAGUUCUGAAAUCAUAGAAACUUGCAAGCUUUUCAAAAAUCCUAAACUCUCCUGAGCUCAAAAUGCGGCAGAGUUUCGGUCCGAAGCGGCGGCGACUGCAGUUGCUCGCCUCCCUCAUGUUCUGCGCCCUCAUGGGGUAUCUGAGCUCAUCGGUGGCGCUGGCAAAGCCAACGUUAUCGUUUAGCCUGCCGCAGGGAUUGCAGGGAUUUCCCUCAUUUCAAUCGUUCACUCAACAGAUCAUCGAGCAACGCAGUCUGCGUCAAAUGAAAACCUACAGUGGCAAUCGCAUCAGCAAUGAUUCGCUCAUUAUGAUAUACUAUCACGAUUUGACCAUUGCUGUCACCGAGCUGGGGCCCCAGAAGCUGCUUCUAGGCUGCGAACUAAUUGAAAUCUACAACGACAAGGAGGGAAAAAUCUUGCUCAAUGGUCUCGCUCAAUACAAUAGACCGCUGGAGAUCAAGUUCGAGGAGAUGCUCAAGCUGAUGGAUCAAUGCGAGCAUGUGGACAAGCUCAGCUAUGCGGCAAAGCACAGAUCUCGCUACAGCAGCAGCAACAACGAAGGCUCCGAGCGCAGCAGCAGCGGCGGCAGCAACAGCGAGUCAACUGCCAAUGGCAAUGGCAGCGAUGCCGCCAAUCAGGAUGGAGUUUCUCUCAAACUCGCUGCGAAUAUCUUUCCGCGCAGUCCCUUCUCGCUGCUUAGCGGCAUUAUACCUGGCACCAAAUGGUGUGGCACUGGCGAUAUAGCCGAAACGUACAGCGAUCUGGGCAGCGAGAUGGCCAUGGAUCGCUGUUGUCGCCAGCACGAUCUCUGCCCCGUGAAGAUACGUGCGUAUCAAAACAAGUACGAGCUAAUGAACGACUCGUUGUACACAAAAUCGCAUUGCAUAUGCGAUGAUAUGCUGUUCUCGUGCCUGAAGAUGACCAACACAUCGGCGUCGCAGUUGAUGGGCUCCAUUUACUUCAAUUUAGUGCAAGUGCCGUGCUUGGAUGGUCGCAGCAAUCAAUACAAGUUUCGAGCGGCCAAGGAGGGAUUCUAAGGUGUCUCGCUCAUUCGAUAUGCUUAAGGUUGCGAUUUGGCGAUUAUUCGUUCGUUUCCAUUUUCGGGAGGUGGAAGGAGGCCAUUGUACAUAGUUGAGCGCGGCGCCACUUCAAUUAUUUAU